AAUUAUUUCUCAUGGAGUGAACCACUGUCCAAAACAUGUCAUGUGGUCUCACUGUUGUGUUUGGCUAAAUCAUGAUUUUGACCAUUUGGUUCAUCCCUCUGGCAUGUCUGACUAGGCAAGAUUUACAAUUUUCUCGCCCUACUAUCCUGACUAGGUGAAUUGGUGUUUUAUCUAGUUUGAUAUAUCGAAAAUAUAUUGAAAUUUGACGAGUCAGGAUGGAAAAUCCGGUGGUUACCAAUGGUACGCCACAUUUGACCCAGGCGUUAAUGCAGCCUCCUUUAUCUUCUUUAUCACCUGGUACUUUGCAAAGGUUGAAUUCCACCUCAGAACCGUCAAACCCACAUGAAGAUGUAGUUCCUUUGGCGCCGUCCGGUGCCAAUGUUGAAAUAGGCCCGACUCCGAAAAUUCAGAAUGUUGUCUGUACGGUGAACCUUGAUUGCAAUCUUGACCUGCAGAAGAUUAACUUCAGGACGAGAAACUCUGAAUACAACCCUAAGAGGUUCUGCGGUGUCGUGAUGCGACUGGUGAACCCGAGGUCGACCGCUCUUAUAUUCAGCUCCGGUAAGAUAGUAGUGACUGGUGUCAAACACGAAGAGCAUGCUGUACUGGCUUGUCGAAAGUACGCGAGAAUCAUACAAAAACUUGGUUUUCCUGUUAAAUUUAUCAAUUUUAAAAUUCAUAAUAUGGUCGCAACGUGCGAUCUUAGAUUUCCAUUGAGGCUGGAGAACCUUCACCAAAUACAUGGACAAUUUAGCAGCUAUGAGCCAGAACUUUUUCCUGCUUUAAUUUACAGAAUGGUAAAACCGAGGAUAGUCAUAUUGAUUUUUGUCAACGGGAAGCUUGUCGUAACAGGAGCGAAAAACCGAAGCGAUAUCCACGAAGGCCUGGACAAUAUGUUCCCAAUCCUAAAGAGUUUUCGGAAGCAGUAGCACCACAUUGCGUAUGGGCGAAUACAGUUUUGAAAAAAUUUUACCCUCUUCAGAUUUUAACUGUUUAAAUGUUUUUUCUUUAAAGAACAAAAAACAUGUU